UGCACAUUUACUAAAAUUUUUGUGUUGGGGCUGUAAUUCCUGCGAUAAUUUGUCUUCAUUAUUUGCUGUUUGUAGGGUCUCUGGACUCAAGUUUUCCUUCAAAAUGUCACAAAAUGAUGCCGAGGUGCAGAAGCAGAUCCAGCAUAUGAUGGCCUUCAUUGACCAGGAGGCCAGAGAAAAGGCUGAUGAAAUUGAUGCAAAGGCAGAAGAAGAAUUCCAGAUUGAGAAAGGGAGGCUGGUUCAGCAGCAGCGACUUAAAAUAAUGGAAUACUAUGAGCGAAAGGAAAAGAAUUUAGAACUGCAAAAAAAAAUCCAACAAUCCAACAUGUUAAAUCAAGCACGUCUUAAAGUACUGAAGUGUCGAGAGGAUCACAUCCUUGCCUUGCUGGAGGAGGCAAGAAUACGUCUUGGAGAGGUGAUCCAAGAUCGUAGCAAAUACGCCAAGAUCUUGUUUGGGCUUCUGAGCCAAGGGUUAUACCAACUCAUGGAGAAGAAAAUUACUGUACGCUGCAAAGAGAAUGACCAACAACUAGUUAAGGAACAAGUACAAGCAGCCGUGGCCGAUUACAAAAAAGCAACAAAGAAAGAAUGCGAGGUCACCCUAGAUAAAGAUAACUUCUUGGGAGAAGACAUUACUGGCGGUAUAGAGAUGUAUGCCUUCAAUAGGAAAAUCAAAGUCACCAAUACACUGGAGAGUCGCUUAGAUUUAAUGAGUCGUCAGAUGCUGCCAGAGAUCAGGAGAAUAAUGUUUGGCGUCAACCCGAACAGAAAGUUCGAAGACUAAAAAGGAGGCAAGCAACUCUACACAAAAAAAGGUUCUUAGCCACAUAAAAGUCUUCUACUGUGUAUAUACUUCACCAACACGUAUAAAUAGAAGACCUUAUUCCAUAUGAAGAAGAAUAUAUUUAAUAUUGUAAAUGUAGGAGUCGUCUGUGUUUGUUGGAAGUAUUACGAAAAAGUUGAUUGGAACAAAUCUUUAGACUUCAUUUUUAUUUUCAAUUUUCAUCUUUGACUUUUCACUAUUUGAAUUUUCAUUUUCUCUUUUCCCAUUUUGUCUCGAAUCAAGCGCUCUAGUUAGGGAAAUUGUUCAUGUGUUUCACAAGUGUUUUCACAUAUGUUUUCACUUCACAUGUGUUUUCACUUGCAGUUUCACAUGAUGAAUGGAGAUGUUUAUUUAAGGUGAAUUUAGAGAUCCUUUUUGUUUGCUUCAGUACUAUUUACUCAACAUAUUUCUUCUUUGGAUUUUUUUUUUGUUGGCUACUUGUUAAGGUGCUGUAUUAACAUUUUCUCUGUCUGUACUCUUCAUAUAGAGAAGUAGUCAAAAUGAUAAGUGGCGGGGGGGGGGGGGAUGAAUUUGGUUGUUGAAACAGGCUUUAAGAUGGAUGUUAUAAAAUUACAGUAUUUUUAAAUUUUAAACUUAAAUAUAAAAGAGCAAUAUUAUUAUGUAUAAAAAACUCAAACUCAACUGUUUGAGUACCUCUUGAAUUCCAUUGAGACUGAGUGUUGUCUCAUUUGAUAGUUCCUCAUUGACAGCAUUUCAACUGGGAGUAUGCCAACAUUAGAGCUACAUAGUUCAGUUGGUAGAGCACCGGUGCAUUAAUCCAGAGGUCACACUCGGGUUCAAGUCCUGCCAUAGUAGAUUUGUCUUUGUUCGACCCAAAAUUAUUUUAAAGCUCACCAGGCCAGUUUCCAUUGUGGUUUAUGACUAAAUAUUUAAACUUAACACUUGGAUGGAAUUUGUGAAUAGUUGAUCAAGCCUGUGGAAUAGUGUCAUGCUCCAGUUAAAUAGUUUCCUUGGUUGUGUUAACAAGGUGUCGGCCAUUAAUGAUAAAUGUUUUUCAAUAAUUUAGAGACCCUUGAUGUGAAUAACUGACUGUCUUGAUGUUGAGUGUUCCAUAGGGCCAUGCUCUACAUGUAGACACAUGUUUUCUAUCCCUGUUGGCAACUAGCCAACCGUCAAUUCUAUGUGUUCUCAUUAGUUGCAUUAUUCGUGUCACAUAUUAAGAAUUAUUUAUUUUGGCUGCCCUUAGUUUGCCAACCACUGAUUGUGAUAGUGAUGUAACAAUAUGUACAUGUUGAUGCAACUGUAAUGGACUACUUUGCAAAUUCAACACUAUAUUUGAGUUUUUGUAAUCGUUGUGGCUACCUGUUUUUGCUUUGCAUUUACGGAUUCCCAUAGUUUGUCAACCUUGGUUGCAAAAGCUCUGGCUGUGACGUGGCAAUAGACUAUACAGUGCCCUCUAUUGGCCAUUGUAUUUUAUCAUCACCACAAUAAGUCUUGGUUGUGCUAUUUUGGGAGUCGGUGUCCCCCUGUUACUGUACUUGAAUUGUAGUGAAAUUCAAACGAAGUCUCAUAACAAAAGGGACAAUAGGUCUAUGGUUGCUAUCACAAAGGAAAACUAGUUGAACAAAGGAAGGUCCGUUAUUGGAGGCCAUUACACACUUAUGGGUGUAGUGCGCUUUUAGGCAAUGCAUUUAUGUUAACACGCUCACCAUAUUAAAAAAAUUAAUUUGACUCCAAGAAUGACGAACUUUGGUCAGUCAAUAGCUUUGUGCGAUGUCUCUGCAAAGUGUCAAUAGACAGUAUGCAAGAAAUAAAAAAACUGUUUAUGUAACCCAAAAAA